UAAAAACAAAUUGACAGAAGUCGAAAGAAUUUUGUUUUUUAUAUUUAGACGAUUGUGACACUUGAUUUUGAGGAAUGUUUACCUUAUAUCGGUAAUUAUUUUAUCUGUUUGUAUUAGCAUUUAUUUUGUAUUCAUGGAUUUAAGAGAGAACAAACAAGAGUUAACACAUAAUCCUAAUGAACAUAUACCUGUGAACGAAGAUACAACAGACGCUGAGGAAAUGGAGGUACAAACUUUAGUCAGCGAUAGCAAUAUACAAUUGACUAAAGAUCAAAUAUCGACUAUUAUAGGAACCGUUGACACUAAUACAAUCUCGAAACCAACAAGCUCUCUUAACAUGAGAAAUGGCCUUGGCGUGAAUUCUAAAGGCACUGAAGUUCUAGCGACAUCUAGUAAAAGUGCUGUCAAAAAAGUACAUAAUAAGACGCUUAAAUUGGGGUUUGUCAGAAUUUUGAGGCCGUUAUUACCGAGAAAAUCUAAAGAGAAAGCAAGAAUACUCAUUAGGAAUAUAAUUAAACAAGUUGUAUCACCGAUGGCUGUGGUAAUGGUGAGAAAAAUUAAAAAACGGCGACAUGUCCGAAAGGUAAAACGAAUUUUUUCAGAGAAGAAUAAUAGACGAACGAAAUCUUUGUUCACCAUUCAUAAAAGAUCUAUUAAUAAAGUGAGAAAUUCCGAAUCGUCUUUAUCAGAUGGAUUUUGUUCGCUCUGUGGCCACAGUGGCUGUGAUCGAUAAAUAAUUCCUGUCACCAUGAUUUUGAUAUAUAUCCCAUAAAUAAGAUUUUUGUUAUACUCUGUUUAAUACAAUUGAUUAUGUUAAAUU